UCAAUAUACCCUUCUUGGUUCUGUACCACGAGGGACAUCAACAACGUCUGGUGUGGUGUGGUGUAGUGUGUCGUUCAGAUUUUAUAUAUUUAAGCAAAGAUUUAAGAAGUUUUUAGUUGGUAGUGUGUGAGAAGGAUGGGGAGGAAAGCAAACUUCAAGGAGAAAGCGAAAAAGGGGCCUGGACGUAAGGCCAAGAAGCAGCAGAACCCUGUCUUUAUUACUGCACCAAAUGAUGAUGAAGAGAAGAAGCUGAGCAGGCGGCAGAGAGUACGAGCCCAAAAACGAGCAAAUAAGAAUAACAGUAAAGAUGAGAAUCCAGCAAAGAAAUUAAAAAAAUUGCAGCCAUUACAGGAAGAAGUGGAUGAACUGGACAGUGAAGGAGAAGGCCAAGACAGUUCAGAUGAGUUGGAAGAACAACCCACAACUCAAAAGCAUGUUCAACAGGUCUCCCAGAGCAAGACAAAGUUUGCUCUGUUUGAAAAUGAAGAGAGUGAUGAUGGCAGUGAAGGAGAGGAGAGUGAGAAUGACAAUGCAGAGGAGGACAGUGCUGAUGACGAAGAUGAUGACGAUGAUCAUGAUAUUGAAGAAGCAUCAAAGAAGCUAGAAAAAAAAGAGAAAGAAAACAUUGCUGCUGGUGAUGCUUACCUGGAGGAGGCAGCAGAAAAAGUUGGAGUCCAGAUUCCUAGCCUGGAGGAAGUACAGAAGGAACUUGAAGAGUCCCCAGACUUGUCCAACAUUAACUCGAGAAUAAAGGACACAGCAUUUGUAUUAGCCGAUUUUAGUAAAAGGCGUGAGGAAGGACGAAGUCGGUCGGAAUAUAUGUCUAUCUUCCAGAGUGACCUCUCAGCAUAUUACUCCUACAACACAUUCCUGAUAGAGAAGUUGUUGGACAUGUUUGGUCCUACAGAAGUGAUUGAAUUUUUAGAAGCAAAUGAAUUACCCAGACCUGUUACUGUUCGCACUAAUACACUCAAGACACGCCGGAAGGUCCUAGCAGCGGCUCUGAUUGCCCGAGGAAUUGACGUAGAUUUGAUUUCUUGGUCCAAGGUGGGGUUAAUAGUAAUGCGUACACCGGGCAAUGUGACGCUGGGUGCCACUCCAGAGUACUUAGCUGGACACUACAUUCUUCAGGGUGCAUCAAGUUUCUUACCUGUAAUGGCAUUGUCACCAAAAGAAGGAGAGAAAAUCCUGGACAUGUGUGCUGCACCUGGUGGCAAAUCGACUCAUAUUGCUGCAAUAAUGCGAAAUACAGGGAUGGUUGUCUGCAAUGACAUAAACCGUGACAGAGUAAAGGCCUUGGUUGGUAACUUCCACCGCAUGGGGAUCACCAACUCGGUCAUAAUUUCACAUGAUGGCCGUGUGUUUCCAAAGAUGAUGCCCCGUGCUUUUGAUCGUGUCCUCCUAGACGCACCGUGCUCAGGCACUGGUGUUAUCAGCAAAGAUGAGAGAGUUAAGACCAGCAAAGAUCCCAAAGACAUACAGAGAUGUUCACAUCUUCAAAAGGAAUUGAUCUUGGCUGCCAUUGAUUCAGUACACAAGUUUGAUGGUCAGAACGGCUACAUUGUCUAUUCCACUUGUUCUGUCCUUGUUGAAGAGAAUGAGGCAGUAAUCGAAUAUGCUCUUAAGAAAAGAAACGUAAAGCUGGUUCCCACUGGCUUAGAUAUUGGCAAGUCAGGUUAUGUGAACUACAGAGAAAAUAGAUUUAAUCCUAUGAUGCAGCUGUGCAAGAGAAUAUACCCCCACAGCUAUAAUAUGGAUGGUUUUUUUGUAGCUAAAUUGAAGAAGCUUAGUGAAGUGGAGAAAAAAACUGAUGAAGAUGAAAGUGAAGCGGGGAAGAGCUAGAUGUUCGAAAACAGUAUUAUUAUUUUACAAAUUUCAGAGUAACUUGUAAUCAAUGAGAAUUAUUUUUUUUAAGUUAUCAUAGUUCGAUGCUAGUAUUUUUUUUUUAUAAUGCCAAUAAAUAAUAUAUUGUAAUGUCUUGGAUCUUUCACUCAUGUAAAUUAUUAAAGAAAGGUUAUCUAUAAUAGGUUCUCUAUCGUACUCAUCUCCCAUUUUUGAGCAUGGUGGAGCAAGGAGUAUAGAAACUUGAAAAGGGAGAGAGUGGUGCAAGAUAUACACAGAAGGCAACAGGAAAGAUUCACUACAACAAAGAGAAACACUGGAUGCUUACUCAAACAUCUUUGUCAAUGAAAAGAUCAAGGUACCUGUACAGGUAUUCCUUGAAUUUGUGUUUUAUGAUAAUAUAUAAUUAACACAU